ACAUCACCCUGCAAGAGCAGUCGAAUUUGAGGUAGAACCAAUGGAGUGACCCAGCAAGGAACACUGCUAGCUAAUCGAUCAUACAGUCGUUGUCCGGCAAGAAACGAGCUUCCAAAAACGUGGGCCUUUCAUACUCAGAAUAUCCCCCUUUAUCUACGAAACACCUCUUUACCGCUAGAGCGAAGACAGAGCAAAUGCAGAAUAUUUCUUAAUCGCCCGGUUUAAUAUAAGCAGUAUUCGUAUUUGAACUGCGCCUAGAGGCCCACAUACAAAUCGGGAAAAUAUUGAGCACUUUUAACGUAUGGGCACUCAUAAUUAGCAAACUGCAAAGUAAAUAUUAUUUUUUACGUGGUUCCAUGCAGCGAAAUUACCUAAGGUACAAAUACAUAGUCCCCAGAUAAUGUUCAAGUUAUUCCCACGUCACCGCGCCCCGGGUCCGGCACUGGAGCCAAGGUCGAGCUGAACGGAUACCGUAUAUAACGAGCCACCGGACGGACAGAAGGCAGUACAGCUCUGUACAGCUCACAGUCAACAUGGCCUACGUCAAGGUGCUGACCGCGUGUGCGCUGGUGGCCGCUGCUAGCGGAGCUCCCAGCGCACCCCUGGCCUACGGCCACGGUUACGCCCAUGGCUACGCCGCCUCUCCUGCCGCCUACGGCCUCGGCUACGCCGCCGUCGCACCGGCGCCCGUCGACGUGGUGGUCGGCCACGCUCCGGUCGCCAAGUCUGUCGAGGUGGUCGACUACGUGAACCCGCACCCCAAGUACGACUUCAGCUACGGCGUCUCGGACGGCUACACGGGCGACCACAAGUGGCAGGUGGAGAGCCGCGACGGUGACGUCGUGCGCGGACAGUACCGGCUCGUCGACCCCGACGGCACCGAGCGCGUCGUCACCUACACCGCCGACGACUACAACGGAUUCCAGGCCACCGUCGAGAAGCGCCCUCUCGGCUACACCGCACCCGUGGCUGCCCACGGCUACGCCGCCCCCGUGCCGGCCGUGGCUGCCCACGGCUACGCCGCCGCCGUUCCCACCGUGGCUGCCCACGGCUACGCCGCCGCCGUUCCCACCGUGGCUGCCCACGGCUACGCCGCCGCUGUUCCGGCCGUGGCUGCCCACGGCUACGCCGCCGCUGUUCCGGCUGUGGCUGCUCACGGCUACGCCGCCGCCGUUCCGGCCGUGGCCGUGCACGCCGCUCCGGUGGCCGUCUCCCACCAGUCGGUCACCAAGUCGAAGGGUUACGAUGUGCCCGUCGUCAAGGAGACGGUGCACACGGCUCCCGUCGUGGCCAAGGCGGUGCCGGCCGUUCACGCUGUCCACUCUGUGCACGCCGCGCCGGCCGUGCACUCUGUGCACACCGUGCACGCCGCCCCUGCCGUGCACUCCAUCAGCCACGGCUAUUAACUAACUCCUGUACUUUCUGUAAAAACUGUACAACUAUCCAAAGAACUGUGUUGCCACUGUGAAAUGUACAGAGCUGUAUGCUCCGUAAUUUGAUGAUCUUCCCUUCUGAAUGUUGUGUCGUGUUUAAUACAUGCCAAGACUGUA